AUCGGGAACGAAGAAUUACGUGGCUUACCUUCUAAGAGCAGAACAAUCACCCCAAAAAUAUGACGCUUGGAUUUGUGGGGGUGCAAUCGUAAGUCCAUCUUUCAUAGUGACAUCAGCAGCUUGCGUUGAAGAUGUGGAAUUUAUGUACGCCAUAGCUGGCACAGGCCAUUACUACACUACAGAAACUAUUCAUCAUGACAAUUGUGCCAACAAGCUCAAGAAAAAGGUCGUUUUGACUUGUGUACCAAAACAUUACAACUUCUCCUAUGACAAAAUAGAAAAGUGGGCGUACAUAGACAUAGCAGCAGUGAAAGUGGAAUCGCCAUAUGAUUUCACUCUAACUGAACCUAUACCCGAGUGCAGGGACUCUCCUGAGCAAAAAACAUGGGUUCCAAACAAAAUAAAAAUCAACUUCGAAGUCAAAUAUCAAAAUCCUGGAAAUGAUGCCUUAAUCCUCGGCUGGGGGCAUACAUCGAAAUGGCGAGCGGCAGACGAUCCACAUGAUUACAAUUCAAAAUUUCUACAGUAUGGAUCGACGUUGAUACAAAACAAAACGAAUUGUAAAAACUAUUAUCGCAAUUUGCCCCAUCUUCAGGCCACUAUUGAUAAGUACAUGAUUUGCACGUUAAUGGCAGGAAAUAUUGACGAUGACGGUGAAUUGAUUUUCACGCAGAAACCGGACGCUGAUGGUUGUUCAGACGAAGACAAGAUGACCGGGACGUGUAAAUUAGAAAGGUCAGAUGAAGAGUUUCGAAAAACACAACCACCCCUACCGAUUUCAAUUUCACCUGUUCACGGAUUUGGCGAUGUCACUGUCAACUUACGGCGAUCUAUUCAGAACAACACACAUACACGACGAAUAACACGUACAAUAAAACGACGAAGUGGAAUAUGCCAGAAUGAUCACGGGGGCCCAUUGAUAACGUGGGUUGGUUCUCACGAAGUGCUCAUUGGAGUCGCCUCGGUAUUUCGGAUUUCCAAUAAAUCAGAAUGUAUCGGUCCAUACCUUUACACGAGCACACAAUGCAACGGGCAGUUUUUACAAUGUGUAAUCUUUGAAAACGAACCGAAAGAUGUUAAAGAUGGCGACGAAAUAUUACGCCUAAAACAAAAAGAUAUUUGCGACGUGACUCCAGCUGAAAGUGGGUUCGAGAUCAUUAAACGAAGAAUUUCAUGGAAACAUCAUCCUGACGGACCCGCCGAAAAUGAACUGGAAGAAGAAAUCUUUGAACGGCCACAAAUACCAUUAUACAACUUCAAUAAGCACUUUAAGUCAACGAGAACAUCGUCUAUGACUAAUCAAAGUGGUAAUGGAAUCGGUGACAAUGUUCAAAGAACAGCAAAAGCCGGGACAUCGGUGAAACUAAAACCGUGACUACAUUAAUAGUAUGAAAUUACAUUACCACAUGGUAGUGUAAUUACAUAUAAGUGUAGACGCCAAAACCAUUCCUUUUAUAAGUCUUUAAUUUAAUGCUUUUGUCUUUUGUUUUUAAUUACCUUUUAAAAUAUUAAAAUGACGUACGUUAUACGACUACUUUCCAUCAAAAUAUAAGUUACAGUCCUUGGUAUGAAUAUGUGGUCCUUUUUACUUACCUGUUUUCAUGAACCAGGGAAGUGUUAAAAUGCACAUGACCAUCUAUAUUUUAUUAUAUUUAGUAAUGGUUGCAACCAUAGAUAUAGGAAAGAAGGGUGCAAGCCCCAGUCAAUCGCGAUUAUUUGCCGACGUCGAAGUGGGUUCUUCAGGUAAUGAAGAUAUAGUUGUUCCCGCUACGUUUGUACCUAACACGCUGAUAGUGUAGUAGAAUAAGAACGUAUGUAGUGAAAUAAGUAUGAUAACUGCGUACAGACGUCGCAGCGCAGGUGCACACAUUUGCAUAAUCUAAGGGUAUCACAGCACUGGUCGUCCAAACGCGCCUUUCAUAAUUAUGCGAAUGUGUGCGUUGCGUACUCUAGUACAGGCAGCUUAGGUUUUGUAUUUAGAAUUGUAAGAAUAAUAGAGUGUUGGUGUCAAACAGACAUCUAAGAGUUCUAGAAGAAGCUUC